AUGAAACUCGCUUUCGUGCUGACAAUCGCCGUUUGCGUCGUCGCAGUCACGCAAGCCGCGCCACAGCUCAACCUGCUGAACCAAGCCUACCUUGCGCUGGGCAAUGCGCUGUACAGCUUAACCAGCGCCCUGAAUCAGGUCGGUCUGCUGCUGAUCAACGUCGGCAAUUCGGCAGGAUCCGCCGUUCAGACGCUGUUGAAUACGGUGGCGGCGAACAUUCGUGACGUCAUUGGUGCCGCACUGAACAUCUUGGCAGGGUUGGCCACACUUCCGCAAACCACGCUCAACACCGUCAACGCAUUGCUCACGAACGCUACGAAUCUAAUCACUUCCGCACUUGCGGGAGCAGGCACAAAUGUUAACUCUAUGGCUCCGGUCCUCGCAAACAUUCAGAGCAUUCUUACCUCGACGGCCAACAAUCUGGCAAGUCUGAACGCAUCCGCCCUGACACCACUGCAAACCUCCCUCUCCCAGGUGGCCGCUUCUCUGGGCAAUGCUGUUGGUCAGAUCGCCGGUUAA